GCUCUAGCGCGAGCGCGCGCUCUUGCAAAAAUUUGAUCACGUAAUGUAGCCACGCGCACGCGCACUUUUGAGGCGUGGCCUAGCGCUAGCCACGUGGUAGCUGAUCCAAGAUGGAGGCAAAGGACAAGCCUAAGAGAAAGCGAGUCAAUUUAUCUAUUGAACAAAAGAUCGAGAUUCUUGAGAAGCUGGACAGAGGUAUUUCUAAUACAGCUAUUGCUUCUGAAUAUAGCAUUGGAAAAUCCACAGUAACUGAUAUACAGAAAUCUAGGAGCAAAAUUACUCAGUUUGCCGUUGAAGCUAAAGACAGCAGUAGUUUUAAGAAGCGUUGCAUUGUUAGGAGAGCUGAUGAUGACCAAUUUGACAAGGCCAUGCACCUUUGGUUCACACAAGAACGGCACAAAGGCACUCCUCUGAGUGGGGUUGUUGUCAUGGAGAAAGCCAGGCUGAUGCACCAGCAAAUGUAUCCAGAUCGGUCACCAGAUGAUUUCAAGGCUAGCACUGGUUGGCUUCAUAGAUUCAAGCAGAGGCAUGGUAUUCGUCAACUAAGCAUGCAGGGAGAGUCUCUUUCAGCUAAUCCUCAGUCUGCUGAAGCAUUCAAGCUGUCUUUGCAUAAAUAUAUUGAAGAUCAUAAGCUUUCCAUCCAUCAGAUCUUUAAUUGUGAUGAGACAGGUCUGUGUUGGCGCCUGCUGCCGAACAAAACCCUGGCAGAUGGUUCUGAAAAGGCUGCAAAGAAUUGCAAAUCCCCUAAAGAUCGGGUAACAUUGAUGGCAACUGCCAAUGUCAGUGGAGAUAUGCGUAGCCCUCUGGUCUUUAUUCACAAGAGCGCUAAGCCUCGCUGUUUUUCAGGGGUCAACAUGUCAUCUCUACCAGUCCAUUAUUAUAGCCAAAAAAGUGCCUGGAUGGAUCAAUCAAUUUUCUUGGACUGGUUUUUCAAGCACUUUGUACCAGAGGUGAAGCGUUACUUGAAAUCAAAGUCAUUGCCACUUCAAGCUCUUCUCAUUAUGGAUAAUGCACCAUCCCACCCUUCAGUAGAGGCUUUGAGUUCUGAAGGAAUGAGUUGCAUGUUUCUGCCCCCCAAUGUCACAAGUCUGGUUCAACCUAUGGAUCAGGGAGUGCUGGAGAACCUGAAGCGCAGGUACAAACGAGAGCUCAUGAGAAAACUGCUGCUUCAAUCUGAAUCGAGUGAAGACUCCUUCAUUUCCUUCAGCAAAAAGCUGACCAUAAAAGUGCGGUGUACCUGA